AUGCCCACCUCAUACAACUCUUCCCAGAAAAGUGCGAUAGCCUCAUUCGUAGGCUUGACUCAGGUCAAGGAUAGUGUUGCUGCGAAGUCAAGUCAAAGAGCGAUAUGGGCAGGAAUCAUGACACAAGGCGUCGGCGGGCUGAAAGCCAAAAACGAAUCGGAACCGAGACCCACACAUUUCUCAGAACCUUGGACCUUUGGAAAAGAUUCACUGCAUAACGUACCCGCUGUUACGGAGGGCGAAGAGGAGUGGGCAGCAGAGUCCCAGGCACUUCAAGCUCGCCUUCUCAAUCUGACCUGCCAUCCAAGGGCCCGGACAGAUGACAUUUGGCAAAAAGAGGGCAAGAACAAUCGCCCGAAAUAUAUCUGA